GAGUGUGAUUCUGAGGGUGGUGGAAACGGCGAAAGAAGCCGUGUUCGAGAAAUUGCAGAACGAUGUCUACGAAGCUCAUUCAGACAUGAUGGUGAGUCCGGUGAACAUGUUCCUAGUCAAUGCUAGGGUCAGUGUGACCACGGAAGACGAUGUUGUGUGGCUAGAGGGGGAGGCGGGACCGAAGGUACCUACAUGAAGAUCUGUUAAUAUGAUAUUUUUGUCCAUUGGGUGAAGAUGUUGAUGUUCUCGUAUUUGUAUUUGGUGUUGUUGAUUUCUUCUCGAUUGGACAACCACGUUUGGGCGAUUCAUUUUUCUGCCACCGUUACAAACACGAACUAAAUGCACCCACCAUUACUUACGACCUCUUGCUAGCUAAAUGAAUGAAUGAAUGUCAACAUUGUCACCCCUUACAGACCGUGAACGACCUCCGAUCGCAAGCAGGGAUGAUGGGCACUGAGGAGGCGAAAACUAGUCAGCCCUUUGACGUUGCACAGAGGACCCUAACUGCGGUUGAAGCACCCGAAGACAUGUCCAAAGCUUUAGUAGUAUCGUCUGAAGGUAAGAAACCAACUGCUCCAAGACUUCCGGGAGUAGACGCGAGUACGCAGACGGAAGCGGUAUAAUACACUUGCUUUGAUGGUUGUAUUUUUCAAAAUGUCGAUGUUGUUGUUUGCUUUCUGGGAAGUUGUUGGCUAUCGCUCUUAGUUAUUUUCAAUCUACAAUUACAAAGAAUCUUCUAACACGACAGGUUCGCAUUUUCGCUAUCGAUGACCCGAAGCUGAUGGAGAUUCAACGUCUAGAACGGCUAGAAAAGCAAAUCGAAGACAAUCGAGACGCUCCAAAAAUGAAG